CUGAGUGAGAUGUUGAAUAACUGCGGUAUCCGUGCCUUUACAAAGCACCAUGUGGAGAGCUGAGGGACUUCCGCACGUCUAGGUUUGCCAAACGUCACUGAAAGAAAGUUAUUUUGAUUUGAAAAAGUUUGAGAAAGGACAGAAAGACAGCAUGGCAAAGCGGAGAAAGAGCGCAGUGAGAGAGGCCGAUACAAAGAAACAGAAGCAGGUGCUGAAGGCGAAGAGCAGCGGAGCAAAAGCAAGAGCCAAGAAGAAAGAUGCAGGUAAUAGUAUUAUAGAGGAAGAGGAGAAGCUUGAGAGGAAGGUCAAACCCAAACGUCGUUCCUCCACAAAACAAGCAGCAGGGAACACUUCUUCCACCAAAUCCACAACUACCACCACUGUCAAAACCAGUAAAUACUUCCAGUCACCAGUGAAGGAGGAGGAGGUCGACAGUGAAGACGAUUUUGACAUGGAGAUCUCAGCGUCAUCUGCGAUUACAGAAAAAGCCAAGAAAACAGAGAAAGAAGAAGAGGAGCAAGACAGUGAGGAAGAUGAGGAUGAUUGGGAGGAAGUGGAAGAGCUGACUGAGCCCCUGGGUCCAGCUGAACCACCGGAACCCGUCCUGCCUUCUCAGCCUGUUGAGAUAGAGAUCGAGACUCCAGAAGUCAGGAAACAGCAAAAGAGGCAGGCAGAGUUUGAGACGUAUCUGAGGCGGAUGAUGAACCGAUACAAGAAGGACCAGCUGAUAGACACACACAAGGUCCACCUCAUGUGCUUGAUAGCCAGCGGGAUGUUCCGCAACCGUCUGUGCAGUGAACCAGACCUGCUGGCCAUUACUCUGUCGCUGCUGCCCACCCACUACGGCAUGGUCGCCAAGGAGCGCAUCGACCAAAACUACCUCUCUGGACUGCUCAAAUGGUUCAGAGCAACAUUCACCCUCAACCCAAGUCUUCCCCAUGAGGAGCGUCCAGACCCCCGGGCUCUGCUGGAGAGGCGGCUGGCCAGCCUGUCAGCCAGAAACCACCAGGAGAUGACUCAUCUGUUCCUGUUGGUCCUAAGGUCUCUGCAGCUCUUCAGCCGAUUGGUUCUCUCUUUGCAGCCGAUUCCUCUCAAGCUCCCCUCAGCCAAGGGCAAAGGGGCUAAAACAUCUGCUGGUGCCUCAGGAAAGAGCAACACUGGCCAAGGAACCACCAAGACCAGCUGCCCUGAGCCGAAGGUCUCUCCUGGUACCAAGAGACCUGCAGGAAGGGGGAACACUAAAGGAGAUAGAGGAGGAAAGAAAGCAAAGAGGAAAGAAAUACAGGAGGGGGAUGAGGAGGAAGAGGAGAAGGCUGUAACAUCAGGGGGGCAGAGGCCAAAGAACUCAAAGCGCCGCAGCAUCGCCUCAAAAGUCAGCUACAAGGAGGAGAGUAGCAGUGAAAAGGAGGAGGAAGGGCUUAGUGAUGAAGAGGAAUUUCAGGUGAACAGUGAGGAGGGGGACAGUGCGGGUUCAGACAGCGAGGCUGAUUUUACAACGAAGAAGAAGGGAAAAGGGAAGAGCAAAGCCAAAGUGACCAACAGCAAGAAUACUGCAGCUCCAAAGAGAAGGAGUGGUGGAGGGGGAAAAGUUGUAAAGGAGGAGGAGCAGGAGUGGAAGGAAGAGGAAGAUGAUUUUGAAGAAGGAGAGGGAACAAUAAGGAGCAACGGAACAAAGCGAAGGAGUGGGAAAAAGAAGGAGGGGCCUGGAGCGGACGAGUGGUUGGAGGUGUAUCUGGACAAAACUUCCUCCUGGGUUUGUGUGGAUGUGGAGCACGGUGUCGGGAUGCCUCACCUCUGCUCCCAGAAUGCAACAGCGCCGGUGACAUACGUGGUGUCGGUGGACGGGGACGGCUUUGUGAAGGACCUGGGAAGGAAGUACGACCCCACCUGGAUGACGACGUCCAGGAAGAGACGGGUGGAUGAGGAAUGGUGGGAGGAAACGCUGGAGCCGUUCCUGGGACCCGAGGACGAGAGGGGCGUAAAGGAAGAGAAGGAGCUGCAGAGCAAACUGCUGAGCAAACCUCUGCCGAUCUCAGUAGGAGAGUAUAAGAACCACCCGCUGUACGCCUUAAAGAGACACCUGCUGAAAUAUGAAGCCAUCUACCCUUCGACAGCCACUGUACUGGGAUACUGCAGGGGAGAGCCCGUCUACUCCAGGGAUUGUGUGCACACCCUCCACUCUAAAGACACCUGGCUGAAAGAAGCACGAACUGUCAGGCUGGGAGAGGAGCCAUACAAGAUGGUGAAGGGCUUCUCUAAUCGUUCCCGUAAGGCCAGGAUGAUGUCUGAGCUGAAGGAUGAAAAAGACCUGCCCCUGUUUGGAGAAUGGCAGACUGAAGAGUACCAGCCGCCUCUCGCUGUGGACGGGAAGGUUCCCCGUAACGACUACGGUAACGUCUACCUGUUCAAACCCUGUAUGUUACCGGUGGGCUGUGUUCACCUCAGGCUGCCCAACCUGCACCGUGUGGGCAGGAAGCUGAACAUUGACGCCGCCCCCGCGGUCACGGGCUUCGACUUCCACGGAGGAUACUCACACGCUGUGACUGAUGGUUACAUUGUGUGUGAGGAGCAUGAGGAGAUUCUCAGAGCGGCCUGGGCGGAAGAACAAGAGCUUCAGAAACAGAAGGAGAAAGAGAAAAGAGAAAAGAGGGCAACCUCCAACUGGGCCCUGCUGGUGAAGGGGCUCCUGAUCAGGGAAAAGCUUAAACAGCGCUACGGCAAGAAGAACCAGGGACUGGGUAGCCUUGGUCAAGGCAAGGAGACCUGUGGGCUUUCGUCUGAUGAGGAGGCAGUUGAGGGUGGUAGUCCUGGAGCUAAGACUGCAUCUGAAACUCUGGCCAUGUCCUGGCCCCAGAACAGACAAGCAGAGGAGGACGGAGGGGCAGACAGCGGACUGAAGAAGAAGACGACAAAACGGCAAAAGAGAGGACAAGCGGAACAUUUGUUCCCCUUUGAGAAAGUGUGACAUUGCGGACCCAAAACUACACAAGUUUAGGUUGAUCACACUGCUCUCGAAAAAACACUUGACUGCUCCCGAUAUUUACUUUGGAAGAUGUUCAGAUACCUUGAACGCAGUUCCUCGUGUGGAACAACUUUUGCAAGUUUGGUCAACACUGGAACUUUUGUAUUUAACACUAUAAACAGGAGAGGAAGACAGAAAGAUGAGGAGGAAACAAAACCAGACUGAUCUGUUUCUUCGUCUGCGGUGAUGAUACAUGCAUUGAACCUGCUCUGUCUCCACCAUCACCCCAUACAUUCCCAUUAGCUCAUAUGCUGUCUUGUUAGCUUUUUGUAUGAGAGCUUAAUAGAAAUCCAGCACAUCAAGGACGUGUUGACACAUGUGCUUUUGUGCAGAAUAGUAUUACCAGGUUGUCAAGGAGAGAACAAACUCAGUAUGAAUGUGAGAACAGGGAAGUGUCCUUACUCUUUCAUAUGUGUGAUGAAGUCAGUUUGUCAGUUCACUGGACUCCUGUGAUACGCUCAGCCUUCUUGCAAGUAUUCAGUCUCUAUGCUCCAAAAGUCGAGCAGCACAGUGCUGGUUUGAGCCUCUUGAGCCUGUUUUCCAUUUCAGUACAGCACACAAAACUGCACAUAGAGCUCAUACUGACUUGAACUGAUGGCUUGUGUGGAAAAUAAACAGGGAUACUAUGUGUACCCACAACACUACAAUUAAGGCAAGCUAACAAACGUAUUUCCCAUGGCUUGUAGCGGCUGAAUCAAAAUGAAAAGCUGCCAACAUUUAGAAGCUGUGAAACGAUGUACACUACUGUUUCACGUCAUCACAUUUCAUACAACCAGCCGUUGUUACUGGCUGGACCGUCCACCAUGGAACCUGAUCCUAUGAAAACAGAAGCUUGUACUGAUGUUGUUAAGUGAAACUUUGUAUCCCGUUGUUGUUGCAUUUUCAUGAAUGAACACAAACAGCCGUGCUUUCAGCUCUGCUGCAGUCGAUGCAGCUGUUUUUUGGGUUGCAGGAUGUUCCUGCAGAGAUAGACGGAGAUACUCAUGUAGCCCAGAUUUAAACUUGAAUCACUAAAACUGCAGUUAAGACGUUGUUCAAUGAUUUCUUCGCUCAGACAUUCUUGUUUUGUCACAAAUACUUUGCUUCCCCUUAUUCAUUCUCUCUCUGUUAGACUGCAUCAUCCCUGGAGGUUCACUUGUUUCUGUUGUGUUCUGUCACAUUCAGCCUCUUUCACACUUAUGUCACCGUUUCACACCUUGUGUCUGUACACGUGUUUGUACACAGCAGAUGAUAGCUGUAUUUAAAAUAGGAAGUUUUGUAUGAAAAGUAUUUUCGUAAGAAAUGUUUAAAUACUAGUAAAAAGCAAAACAACCAAAAUGAAUGUUGAAGUCAGAUUUAUCUGUUCUGCUUCAUUCAUUGCAUUUUUGUUAAGUUUAUCUUAAAGGUCUCAGAUUCAUCAUAAAAAACAAAAAAAAAAUCUUGCUUUUAAAUUUUCCAAAUCAUCAACAGUCACACAGCCUUAGUACAAAAAAUAAAAAAACAUUCACCAGGGCUAGCAUUCCCUUUUUCAUUUCACAUUUCCUUCCUCAUUUGACCACCAGGGGUCAAAUGACUUGUGGCUGCUCUCAGAUCGGCACAUGACUUGUGGGGACACCCAGUCAGAUUACCCAGUGGUCUUACACUCAAGGACACACCUAUACAACUAGCUUUCCAAACAUCUGCAUCCACCACAUAAACACUGGCAGUAAGGUGUGUGUGUGUGUUGGUACAGCCCAGGUUUAUUUUACCUUUAAAAAUACAGUUACUGCCACAUGAAUUCUGAACUGAU